AUGGAAUGGGUUGGAGUGAAACAAAAUGGAAAAAUGAAGGUACACAGCCUUUGCAUAGAUGCAGAGCGGCAGCAGAGAGAAGCGCUCAACAUCGCUAAAUUUGACCAAAAACUGAUGCUGGCUUACAAGCGCUACAGCUUGUUUGGAAUGAUCUACGACCACUACUUUGUAACAGACGGGAAGUGGACCAUAGAGUUUCGAGGAGAUAAGGUUGCCGAGGCCGUCGUCCAUGUACACGCUCAGCAUCCAGAAUACUACGAGGUCGCACGGACAUUCAGCAAUUCCGAAGAUGUGCGACAUCGCAUGAAGUUGGUAUGUGGCGCCCGUGCAUUUUCUUUCUGUUUCCGCAAUUGUGAGCAUGUGGCACGCUACAUCGCAGAAGGCAACUGGUUCAGUGCACAGAGCGCCGUGGAAGGCACAAUCUGGAGAAAGUGCCUAUCCCAACUUGCAGGUCAACACCAGCUUAAGCUCAACAAGUGGCCGUGGGAGUUGGAACCUGUGCCUUCCUGCAGUCUCAAAGGUUUGGAAGGGUUUCUGAGCUACCAGGGGCAGGACUGCCACGUGAGCCAUGAUUCGAGUUUCUUCACCGUCCUGGCUGUCGGAGACAUGGCGGAGACGUCGAGGUUGAUCGACAUGCUCUUCGACAGGAGUGUGUCCCGAACCGGCAGUUCCCAGAACGUACCCCUGAAGCUUCAGGUAACACUAGGGCUGGGCGAAAUUGGUGGCCGCAAGCGUUCUGUGCAAGUGAUUCAGAUGAUAGGCACUGUCGAAGCAGGCUUCGAGAAUGCUGAGAUCCUGAAAUCGCAUAUGCUCGAAGAUGUGCUGAAUGUGGACCGUGUUCUAGUUGCCAUAGAUGCGCUCCCGCUCACGGAAAGUAUGUGUACGCUUUUAAGACUGCUCGGCAUCUGCCAGAACGCCAUGAACUUCACCUUUGUGCAUAGCAAAGCUGCAGACAUCACCAGAAGCGUUGCUGACAAGCUUCUGUGGGAAUUGCAUUGUCAACUUGGUGUCGUUUACACUUCUGCCAUCUCCACGCCAUCUGUGCGCACAUGUCAGCAUUUCAUGAGCUGCGAGUACUUGAAGCAAGAGGAACGGCCCAGCCGAGUACUGGCUGUGAAGAAUGACUUGCCCGAGCCUCGAAGCGCGACGAGGGUGCACCUCCUCGUCCCUGGACUUGCCGUGAAUGCAGAAGCAUUGUUGGAUGCUAUAUUUUUGCCAUGUGACGGUCACUUCUUGUCGAGAGAUUGGCGCCUUCGAGUGGACACCACAACUAGCAUCUGUCAAAUUCAGUGA